UUUCAGGAGCAGGGGAUGGCAGAGUCAGUGCACACCUGGCAGGACCAUGGCUAUUUAGCAACCUACACGAACAAAAAUGGCAGCUUUGCCAAUUUGAGGAUUUAUCCCCAUGGAUUGGUGUUGCUGGACCUUCAGAGUUACGACAGCGACGCACAAGGCAAGCAAGAAACUGACAGCCUUUUGAACAAAAUAGAAGAAAAAAUGAAAGAACUGGGUCCGGACAGUACAGUGCGGGCGAAGCGUUUACCACCCAUAGUUCGAGGAGGGGCUAUUGACAGAUACUGGCCUACUGCUGAUGGGCGCCUGGUUGAAUACGACAUAGACGAAGUGGUGUAUGACGAAGAUUCACCUUAUCAGAACAUUAAGAUUCUACACUCAAAACAGUUUGGAAAUAUUCUCAUCCUCAGCGGUGAUGUUAAUUUGGCAGAGAGUGACUUGGCGUACACCCGAGCCAUCAUGGGCAGUGGCAAAGAAGAUUACACUGGCAAAGAUGUACUGAUUCUGGGAGGUGGAGAUGGGGGCAUAUUAUGUGAAACUGUCAAACUGAAACCAAAGAUGGUCACCAUGGUAGAGAUUGACCAAAUGGUAAUUGAUGGAUGUAAGAAAUACAUGCGAAGAACAUGCGGAGAUGUCUUAGACAAUCUUAAAGGAGACUGCUAUCGGGUUCUCAUAGAAGACUGUAUUCCAGUACUGAAGAGGUACGCCAAAGAAGGGAGAGAGUUUGAUUAUGUGAUUAAUGAUUUGACAGCUGUCCCAAUUUCUACAUCUCCAGAAGAAGAUUCCACAUGGGAGUUUCUCAGACUGAUUCUCGACCUGUCAAUGAAAGUUCUGAAACAAGAUGGGAAAUACUUCACACAGGGGAACUGUGUCAAUUUGACUGAAGCCCUGUCGCUCUAUGAAGAACAGCUGGGGUGCCUGUAUUGUCCUGUGGAAUUCUCAAAAGAGAUUGUCUGUGUCCCUUCAUACUUGGAAUUGUGGGUAUUUUACACUGUUUGGAAGAAAGCUAAGCCUUAAAGAUGAGCAUCCCCUGAAUGUCGUGUGCUGCAAGCUGCCUUCCUGACUUCCAUAU